AUGCAUUCAAGAAACAUCAUUCCAACUAUGGCCAUUGCCACUGGUACUUUGGCACAAGAAAGUGUAUAUACCUACACCGCCGACACAAUCUCAACUUUGGACUUGUACAAUGUUAGCAACCUUGCGCCAUUUCAAAUCUACAAUGAAUCUUUCACUUCAAUACUCGGAAACUCGCCGACCAUUACCAAUGUUUUGAAUUCUUCGUUCCCUCAAUUCCACGAAGCUGGUAUCUUCUUUUCCGAGUCAACUCUUUUCGUCACGAGUAACCAAUAUGCCGCAUCCACCAACUCUCCAUCAACAAACAACAAAACUAUCUCGAUCACUCGUCUGGAUAAAUCCGGAGAUUCAUGGUCAGCUACCAUUGUUGAACCACAAGGAACCAUUACUCUCGCAAAUGGAGGAAUAAAAUACAAAGAUGGCCUCAUCAUUUGCGAUCAAGGGUCUCUCACAGCAGCCGGAGGACUAGUCUAUAUGAACGCCACAGCUCCAUAUGAAACCAAAACUCUCAUCAACAACUACUACGGAGUAGAAUUCAACUCACCUAAUGAUGUUCACGUCACAAGUGAUGGAGCAUUAUGGUUUACUGAUCCAUCAUAUGGAUCAUGGCAAGGAAUCCGACCACAACCUCAACUUCCUAAUCAAGUCUACCGCUACAUGCCAGAAACAAACGACAUCCGUGUCGUCGCCGAUGGAAUCCAAGAACCAAAUGGAAUUACCUUCAGCCCAGAUGAGAAAACAGCAUACAUUACCGAUGGAACUGGUAAUGCAACCGCACUAACAGCCCCAAGAGCCAUCUACGCAUACGACGUCAUUACUCGAGGUGGUCAACCAUCUCUCGCCAAUAAAAGAAUCUUUGCCGUCCCUCAAAAAGGUCUUCCAGAUGGUAUCAAAACCGAUGCAGCGGGAAACGUGUAUGCGGGAUGUGGAGACGGAGUAAAUGUUUGGAAUGAGGGGGGAAUUCUCUUGGGAAAAAUUGUCGUCGCAGGUGGUUCUUCUAACUUUAUCUUGGGUAAUGAGGGAAAUAAAACUCAAGUGUGGUUAUUGAAUGAGGAUAAAUUUUGGCAAGCUAGUUUGGGCUUGGUUGAUGGGAUUGAUUCUUCUAGUAAUACUACACGGGUGUCUUCUCUUAGGUAUUGA